AUGGACGUUUCAGGGAAAGUCAACCUUGGCCGCAUCUCGUAUGUUAUUUACGAGCACCCAGAUGUCUCUAAAUUCCUCGAGUUCUCCAAGGACUUCGGCUUCGAGCCCGCGGGAAGGUCCGACGAUGACGCAACCCUCUUCUUCCAAGGUUACGGGCCCGACCCUUUCGUCUAUGUUGCUCGGCAAGCACCAGAAGGACACGGCAAGAGGUUCUGUGGUGCCGGGUUCACGGCACGAACGGAAGAGGAUUUCGAGCGGGCGUGCAAGUUAGAGGGCGCGCAACUCCGGGAUAUGCCGCAACGGCCCGGUGGCGGAAAGGUGGUUAGCAUACCAGACGUGAACGGGUACGAAGUUCAAGUCGUGUACGGUCAGACGGACAGGGUGGUGCCAAAAAAGGGGCUGUCAAAUGUCUUCGAUGGCCGGCCGAAUGUGAACGGUGCUAUCACAAAGGUCCGAAAGGGUAUUUUCAACCGCAUGGGAAGUGGCCCGGCCAAGAUCCACAAACUCGGCCACUUUGGUUACAUGACCGAUAACUAUACUGAGACGUGUGCCUGGUACGCUCGUAAUUUCAACCUCAAGCCAACCGACAUUGUACACAAGCGCGAUGAGCCCUCCACGGAGCUCAUGUCCUUUUUCCAUCUUGACCUCGGCCAGGAGUACUCGGACCACCACUGCCUGUUGGUGGCGGCGCAGCAGGGCUCUGGAAAGGGGACAACCGUUCACCACUCAUCGUUCGAGGUGGAAGACAUCGAUACGCAGAUGAUGGGACACCAAUGGCUUAAGGAGAAAGGCUAUAGGGCAAUGUGGGGCGUGGGUAGGCACAUCAUGGGGUCGCAGGUCUUUGACUAUUGGUACGAUCCGACGGGGUUUGUGAUCGAGCACUACGCAGAUGGUGAUCUGGUCAAUGAAGACACGCCAACGGUGAGGUCUACUGGAACCGCGGCUGCUAUCUGGGGCCCUCCGCUCCCUACUACAUGGCACUGA